AUGGACGCAGACGAUAACGCGACGACAUCGCCUGCACCCGCGACGCAGCAGCGACGAUCUGGACGCGCCGUGCGUGCUGUGCAAAAAUACUCGCCAGAGCCGUCGUCGCAAAACAACGCGAAGCGCAAGCGCGGACACGACCAGGAGGACGGCGACGAGGAGAAUGACGCGCCGGACGCCGAGGACGAAGAAGGCAGUGGUGCCGAGGAGGAGGCGGAGGAGGACGAUGGUGGCGCAGAUGAUGCCGAAGACAGCGACGAGCCGACACCGCGGCCCAGGAAGACAAAGUCCAAACCCAAGGCGAGCCAGCAACAGUCCCGAGCAAAGAAGCCUGCCGUCAAACGGCCGAAGGUGAAUGGCUCAGCGCCUGAAGGCGUCGCAUCCGCUGCCGCGCCCAUUCGUCUGCCUAGCAGGACCAAGAAGAAUGUGAAACUGGCUGUCGCGGAGGGCGACGAUGGUCUCUAUGGCGAAAUCUUUGCCUCCGGCGACUCGUCCGAUGACGUGGCCGGCCAAUGGUUCCAGCGAUACCAGAACAACGACGCUGAGGCGAUGGCUGAGUUGGUCAACUGCGUUCUCCGCGCCGCCGGCUGUGAGCACAAGCUAAAUGAGGACGACAUUCGGGAUCCCGAUAAUUCGGCCGCCAGACUGACAGAGCUGGAGGAAGCUUUUGAAUCGACUGCGAUCACCGACUAUCCCCUGAUCUCACGAACGAAAGGCACCAAGGACUUCCGCAGCCUGCUCUUGGGUUUCUUUGAAUCCCUGAUUAGUCUACUACACCAGACCGAAGUGCUUUACACGGACGAGGAGCUUCUCGACAACAUCCAGCGUUGGAUCGGCACAAUGUCAUCUUCUGCCUUGCGACCGUUUCGACACACCGCCACGACUGUGGGCUUAGCUAUGCUCUCAGCCCUCAUCGAGGUUACGAAGCAGCUGGACGAGCGGAUCACAAAGUCCAACCAAGCCAUCCAAGCCGAGUCAAACCGCAAGGGAAAAAACAAGACGCUCGUCGAGAACACAAAAAUUGCCCUUGAGAGCGCGAUCGCCAAUCGCAGCAUGGUCGACGCCAAGUCAAAAGAUUUGUUCGAUAUUGUGUUUGUCCACCGCUACCGAGAUAUCGACCCGAAAAUUCGCGCAGAGUGCAUCGAAGCUCUUGGCACGUGGAUUUGCACGCUUCCGACUGUAUACAUGUCACCAGAAUACCUGCGCUACCUCGGCUGGCUCCUUUCGGAUGUUUCGGUCACCACGCGACAGGAAGUGCUAAAGCAGCUUGGACGGGUCUUGAAACGAGACGCGGACAGUCUUGCACACUUCAUUGACAGAUUCCGGCCGCGGCUCGUCGAGAUGGCGACCCGCGAUGCAGAUGUCUCUGUGCGCGUGGCGGCAGUCUCUGUUGUCGACGUUUUGCGUGCAUCUGGCAUGCUGGAGCCGGAAGAAAUCGACUCGGUCAGCAGGCUAUUGUUUGACUUCGAGCCUCGAGUCCGGAGGGCUGUUGUUGGCUUCUUCACCGAGCUCGUACAAGAAGUGAUUGAGUCCAAAAUAGACGACAUUGGUGGUAGCGAUGCACUUGACGAAGCGCUCGGAGACGACGACGAUAAUGAGAACUACGAGGCGAUUCGGAAAGACUGGAUCAACAUCAAGGCGCUCGCAGAAAACCUGGCUGUCUAUGACUCGCAGCUUGAUGGCGAGCAAGACGAUCUGCGGCAUGGUCUUGAUGUUGCAGCAGAUGUUGUCAACGCCAACACGCCAGACUCGCGGAUCGCACUGGCAGCGCAAGCUCUUUACGAAAAGGUGCCGGAGAUCAACAAUUGGCAGAUUCUAGCCGGUUACCUCCUGUUUGAUCACACGACGAGCUCCAGGUCGAACUCCAGGUCAAAGAAGUCGAACACGAUCGAGGCAGCACUGAAAAAGGUCGUCGCACCCGAACCUCGUGAAGAAGCCAUCCUGCUCGAGGUCCUUGCAACCGCUGUGAAGGAGAGUCUGAGCUCUGGGUCCGAUGGCCACGACCGGAGCAGAAGGAAGGCAGCACGGCCGGAUGCCGAUGCGCAAGAGGAAGCCAGCCUUCAGCUAGCCGAGAUGAUUCCACAGCUGCUGAACAAGUUCGGACCAGACCCGGCGAUGGCUGCUACUAUUCUGCGUCUUGAGCAUUACCUCGAUCUGGAUAUCUUCCAACAUCUGCGUCAAAACUCGAUUACAUAUGAAAAGAUCCUGGACGAGAUCACGAUCCAGUUCAACCGCCAUGUCGACCAGGUUGUCCUCAACGAGACGGCUGCCUCUUUGAUUCACGCAAGACAGUACGAAGAGUUUGAAGAGGCUGUCGAUGGCAAGCUGUCAGGUUUGUGGGAUACAUCGAUCAAUGCGCUCCGCGCCUUUGACAAGACCUGCGAGCUGUCGACCCGUGGCAACCUUGAUCGCGCCAAGCUCUCGGAGCUAUCCCAUACCCUGAUGAAGAUCAGCAAACUCUGCACAGUCGCCAACUGCACCGAUGUCCUAGAGGCUCCUGGCACGUCUAUUGACUCGGACUCGCCGACCAUCAAGCUGCUCAUUGGAACAGUGCACCGCGGCAAGUUGGUUGAGUCCAAUGAGAAUCUCGAUGAUCCCGAGGAUGAGCUGGUCGGUUUUGCCAUCAAGGCGUCGCAGUUCUAUUUCAUGUGGAAAGUCACAAAGCUCCGAAGCAUAAUAGCCAAGGGUGAAGACAUCUCAAACGAUGAGGUAGACCGGCUAGUAUUGUGGCGCAAGGAGUUUAUCACGAACCUGAUCCACACUUUCUCGUCUCGAGGCUUCAAUGACGACCUGCGUCUCAUGGCUGUUGGCAGUGCCUGCGAUGUGUGUGGCAUAUUCGUAUUCCUGCGCGACGCAAUCAAUGGUCCUCAGGCGUCAAAGUACGGAAAGCUCAAGCCACUCCUCGAGGAGAUGCCACAUGCACUGAUCACCAAGGAAAUCAUCCCGAUCUUUGACUCGGCCGAACGAGCAUAUGCCAAGAAGGCGAACAAAACUCUCAACGAGUCUUCUGCGGACGACGACUUGCUGGACCUCGACGAUGAGCUGCCGCCAGAGGACGAUGAGGAUGAGGAACUCACAGAGCAAGAACGUGUCGCCGCGGAAUUGAAAGCCGAGAAGAUUCUCUGCGAGCUGGCUGGCAAGCUUGUUAUGGCUGUGCUAGCCAAGGUUCUUGAUAACAGCGGGCCCCAUGCAGGCAUGCUGAGGAAGCGGAUGACGAGAAACAAGACGAAAUUGGGUCCUACAUUCAAGGAGGUCAUUUCGUACCUUGACGAGGAUCACCUGCGGGAGCUGCGAAGCAGCAAGAAGAAGGCGAGUGGGGCCAAGGGAUCCAAGCCCAAGGAGGCAAGCAAGAGGCCGGCCUUGUCCACCGAGCUUGUCAUUGACGACGACGAUGAUGACGAAGCUGCUGCUCCUCGGGCAGAGGAGGAUCCCUUCAACGACGACGAUGUAGAGGAGCCAGAGGAGGGCACAGUAGAAGAUCUUAGAAGGCGAGAGCUGCUGGAUGAUCCGAUCGAGGAUGAUGACGAGGCGGACGAGCCUGCUGCAGACCGCAUGGAGGAAGACUCGGUCAUUGGCGAUUGA